CUGAACUAAGGUGUGACAACUCUGGCUGCCAGAAGAACGACGUUGGAAAUAACUUUGAAAUUUGGAAAUGGACAUUUUGAAAGCAGAGUUAGAAAGGAAGAAACGCCUUCUACAAAAUAACAGCGACAUUAUGGCUCCAAAUAAAAAAUACUUUAAAAGAGGUGAUCUGGCAGCUAAACAAGAGGAAGAAUACUGGAGAAAACACAAAAGGCUUGUACAAGAUAAAGAAAUAGAUUCUGAGCUCGCAGAGAUGGGUGGAAGUAAACCAUCAAGUUCAGAAGAUUCAGAGAAAGUGAUGCUGCACAGAAAAGAGGUGAUAAGAAGAUUACGGGACUUCAGUGAGCCGAUACUGCUGUUUGGAGAGUCGGAAUAUGAUGCUUUUGUUAGACUGAAAAAAUUAGAAUCUGCAGAACCAGAUUUCAGCAAGGCAUUAGGAGCUGGUUCCAAUGAUUUUAAAGCUGCCAUGGACAAGGUAGACCAGGAGUAUUAUGCAGAGAUCAUAAAUUCUUCUGAUGGUGCUGAAGCUGGUGGAAGGAAAAGAGAAACUGUUUCUGUGAAAGAUGAUGGUACCACUCUUGACGAUAUUGAGGUAUGGAAGAACGAGUUGGGAAAGGGAGAUAGUGACAGGGACCAGGAAAUCAUAUUGCGAUUCCUUAAGUUUGUGUUGAAUACUUGGGGUAAUGAUAUCAAUAUGAAGUCAGACUCUGAGAAGAGAAGUUUGAAGGGAAAGAUGAAUGCAGCAAUGCACCAGCAGACUGUCAGUUACAUGAAGCCAAUGUUCAGAAAGCUGAAAAAUAAGAAAAUGCAAGAAGACAUUUUAGAAUGUCUGGUGCAGAUUCUAGGAUACACUCUCGAAAGGGAUUAUAUAAAGGCAAAUGAUUCCUACUUGGAGAUGGCAAUAGGAAAUGCCCCUUGGCCUAUUGGUGUCACUAUGGUUGGUAUUCACGCUCGUACUGGACGUGAAAAGAUUUCAUCAAGAUAUGUGGCCCAUGUACUCAAUGACGAAACACAGAGAAAAUACAUUCAGGGAUUAAAGAGAAUUAUGACACAAGCUCAAGUGUUCUUCCCAACAGAUCCAUCCAGAAGUGUAAACUUUGAACCAAUUCACCACUGAUGGCAAGAUCUGGCUUGGGGAGAUAGGUAUCCGUGUUCUCUGUACAACAGGAAAUGAGGUAUAUGUAACCAUGAUAAAUGUUAGAGAGGAGAUGGGGUACCCCAGCAUCACAAGGCAGAUAAGGCGCACCCACGUACUCCUGUGAUAUGAAACGUGGAUGAUAUGGAACACAAGUAACCAUGUUCUAUGGAGUAGGUGAUAAAUGUUGUGUACAACAUACUGCCAUGUUUUGAAAUGAUGGGCAAAAUGGACAGUCACCAUUGGUUGUACAAAUAUUAUAUAACAGUUUCCACAUCUCCUGUUAUUUCUUAAAAAAGCAAUAUACAACCAGUAUGCAAAUGAUGGUAUUCAGAAUUUCCACCCCAACUUGUAAUAAGUGUAUAAGUUACUGCAGAAAUGAUAUUCUAAAUACAUAUACCAAAAUUUUAAGCUGUCUUUAAAUGUCUGAAAGAAUAUACUGUAAAUUUUUAGCAAUUAGAAUUCUAGUAAAUUUUUACUGAUGAAAUUUUGUAGAGAUGUCUGUAGCUAAUGAUGGAAUUUUCAUGCAAAGUUCCAUCACAAUAUGUGCUGAUUUAGUAGCGAUGGGGCAAAUUAAAUAUUUGUCAUUUUAAAGUCAAAGUCUAAAUUCCAGACCUAAAAAGGUUAAUGAAUUCAAGCACUGGAGUUAAAUCAUUUAUAAUUUCAUUAAAUAUUAUACUUAGAUUUAUAAUGCGGUUUCUACUUGCAUACUGUCAGCUAUCGUUUAAUAAUAUUCAAAGAGUUUAGCAAAUUUAAAGGCUUUUUUUAUAAGAAUUUAUAUGAAAAUUUAUUAACAUUGUAUGGAGAUUGCAUGUAUAUAGCAGGUGUAAAAAAAUACAGUACACUCUAAGAAAACUGAAGCAUGUAAAAGAAACUUUUUAAAAUUUCUUUAAAACCGAACAUAAAUAAUUAGAAAAUUUUUGCCCAUAUUAUCUUAAAACAGUUUCCUCUGACAAUAGGGAUCUUUUUGAAAAACUGAAUACUACACUAUGAGGAACGGUUAACUGUUUUCGUUUAAAGCAUGAAAAUGUCUGAAUCAAAGAAAUAAAUUGAGCUGAAAUAAACUCCUACACAAUUUAUUUAUUGUUCUCUUGGGUGUUAGUUCUAAAAUUGCCAAUGACAAGAAGAAGAAUAAUAAUUGCAUUGAAGUUUUAUCUUCUUUGCCUGUGUUUAUUUUUUCAUUACUUUUGGUUAAAACAUGUUUUAUUUGUUUAAGUCAUUACAUGAAGAAUUUACAAUAACUGUGUAAUUUGUAUUUGUAGGUUCUUUUCCAUUGAUAAAAAUGGCCAAGUACAGUUGAAUAUCGUUACCUCGAUAUCGGUUAGCUCGAUACUCCGGUUAGCACGAUGUGUUUUAGUCGGUCCCGAUUUUCCCCUAUAUAUUUUAAUGUAAUUAUUUAUCAUUACCUCGAUAUGAUUUGCUCGAUAUUUUGUUUAGCUCGAUGAGAUUUUUCAGUCCCGUCAACUUACCUGUAUUGUUUUUACACCUGGUUUCGUCGAUAUCACAGCUUGUCAAAAAAUAUCCAUGUUAUUUGUAAGGUGAGAAAAUCAACCUACUGUUGUUCGGCGAUGUAUUAAUAAUAAUCAAGCUAGUUUGUGCGUUUGUUUUGUUUGUUAUUUAGUCUUUAAUCCAAUUUAAAUGUUAGGAAGUUUGCAUUUAAUUCCCAAUAAUUAGUCUUAUAAAACAGCGUGCAAGCGAGCAAGCUGUUUUCCAAUAUAACAACUAAUUUGGAUGAAAUAUUUUUCUGUUUGACGGAGUAAAAAUCUGCCAUUUAGGAUUGAGUAACAAUAUACGUAUUUAACUGCACAGUCAAAAUGACUACUCAGUUAGGAACAUUACUGCUACAUUCAGACUUCUUUAGGGAAGGAAUAAAAAUGCUAAUGUUUUCACGUAUAUUUUGAAAAAUUAAAAAAGUUGUAUGUAUGUACAUGUAUUUAUUAUUUAAUUCAGCUGUUUUAUUUGUCAAUGAAAUUAAAAUCGUA